AUGACAAUCCCCAGUGCUAUUCAAAAACCCAAGCAAUCUCGUGCCUCCCGACGUGGUUUAACCAUGCGUGUCUUGAAAGCUUCGCCUGCUGUUUUUAAUCGUUCUAUUGCUCCUGACAAUUCUACUGGUAUCGUUCCUGAGAAUAAUGAUGUAAACAAUAUACCAGAUUUCAGUGACGUCGAUAUGGUUUCUAUCGAGCAUGAUACAAUGAACACUUUUAUUGAACAAGAGACACGUCAACAAGAAGAAGAACAUGACCGAUAUGUUGAUGGUGAAAUUUCAGAUGUAGAUGAUGAUGAAGGUGCUGAAUUCGAAGAGCUUUAA